GGCAGUAACGGUUAGCCCUGCGGCGGCCCCAGUCCCUGGUCCCGCCCCCAGAGCCGCACUAUAGGGCCGCGCGCCACUGCCGCGCGCACCGCACGCCGUCAAUAGGUGGCCUCAGCAACCCGCUCCUGGGCUCCCCCAAUGCGAGGCGGCCGCGCGCGGAGAUUGGUCGCGCACCGCGAAGGCCCGCCUUCCGCUCGCCCGGCGCGGCAGGCAGGUCUCGCGGACCGGAGAGCCUGGGCGGCCUUUCUAGAUGGCGGUGUCGGCAGGGCGGUGAGGGUCUUCCUGCUGAGGUCGGGCUGCAGGCGGCUCUGGCAGGCCGAGGGCGCCGCAGGUGGAAGAAGAAAGGUGCCACUUUGGCAUGAAGACAGACUCACUUAGUCGUCGGUCUUUUAAGCUGAGUGCAUUGUGAUUUCCAAUAAUUGAGGCAGUGGUUCUAAAAGCUGUCUACAUUAAUGAAAAGAGCAAUGUGGCCAGCUUGACUAAGCCGCCAGUGUGCACAGCGUGGGCAGGACGGCACCGGGUCUCGACGGACUUGUGCAUGUUAGCUGUAGAUUUAUGUAAGGUGUUUUAAAACUGGUCUUUUAAAAUAGUCUUAACUGCUUUUAAUAUGGAGACAUAUGAGAGUCCCUCUCCUCUCCCGCGUGAGCCCGCAGGAGAAGCGAUGAAGGAGAACAGAGCUUGCCCCUUCCAAGUGCUGCCCCAUGAACAGUCUCCACCACCUCCCCUGCAAACGUCCAGUGAUGCAGAGGUAAUGGACGUUGGCUCUGGUGGUGAUGGACAGUCCGAACCCCCUGCUGAGGACCCAUUCAACUUCUACGGAACUUCUCUUCUCUCCAAAGGAUCCUUCUCUAAGGGCCGCCUCCUCAUAGACCCGAACUGUAGUGGCCACAGCCCACGCACCGCCCGGCACGCACCUGCGGUCCGGAAAUUCUCCCCUGACCUUAAGUUGCUUAAAGAUGUAAAGAUUAGUGUGAGUUUUACUGAGAGCUGCAGGAGUAAGGACAGGAAGGUGCUGUACACAGGAAUAGAGCGCAGCACUCGGGCCGAAUGUGGCCUGCUCCUUAGUCCUGUCAGUGGGGACGUGCAUGCUUGUCCCUUUGGCGGGAGUAUUGGUAAUGGGGUAGGCAUAGGGGGUGAGAGUGCAGAUAAGAAGGAUGAGGAGAAUGAGCUGGAUCAGGAAAAGAGAGUGGAGUAUGCAGUGCUCGAUGAGUUAGAAGAUUUUACUGACAAUUUGGAGCUAGAUGAAGAAGGAGCAGGCGGGUUCACGGCUAAAGCAAUCGUUCAAAGAGAAAGAGUGGAUGAAGAGGCCUUGAAUUUCUCCUAUGAGGAUGACUUUGACAAUGAUGUGGAUGCUCUAUUGGAAGAAGGCCUUUGUGCUCCCAAAAAGAGGCGAAUAGAAGAAAAAUAUGGAGGAGACAGUGACCAUCCAUCUGAUGGAGAGACAAGUGUGCAGCCAAUGAUGACUAAGAUUAAAACAGUGCUUAAAAGUCGUGGCCGCCCCCCUACAGAGCCGUUGCCUGAUGGGUGGAUCAUGACCUUCCAUAAUUCUGGAGUUCCUGUGUACCUGCACAGAGAAUCUCGGGUGGUCACUUGGUCCAGACCCUACUUCUUGGGAACAGGAAGCAUACGGAAACACGAUCCUCCUCUGAGUAGCAUCCCAUGUCUACAUUAUAAAAAAAUGAAGGACAAUGAAGAACGAGAACAAAGCAGUGAGCUCACUCCCAGUGAAGAAGUAUCUCCUGUCAAGCCCCUGGUUCGAUCAGCAGAGUUGGAAUUCCCCCUUGAAGAAACAGAUUCUGUGGGUGUGGACUCAGGGCCCCCAGAUGAGAAAGAUGCCCUGGGAGCCGAGGCAGCCCCUGGAGCCCUGGGACAAGUAAAAGCCAAAGUUGAAGUGUGCAAAGAUGAAUCUGUUGAUCUGGAGGAAUUUCGAAACUACCUGGAAAAGCGUUUUGAUUUUGAGCAAGUAACUGUUAAAAAAUUCAGGACUUGGGCUGAGCGGCGACAGUUCAACCGUGAGAUGAAGCGGAAGCAGGCUGAAUCAGAGAGGCCCAUUCUGCCAGCCAACCAGAAGCUCAUCACCUUAUCUGUGCAGGAUGCACCCACAAAGAAAGAGUUUGUCAUUAAUCCCAAUGGGAAAUCCGAGGUCUGUAUCCUGCACGAGUACAUGCAGCGUGUCCUCAAGGUCCGCCCUGUUUAUAACUUCUUUGAAUGUGAGAAUCCAAGUGAGCCUUUUGGUGCCUCGGUGACCAUUGAUGGUGUGACUUACGGAUCUGGAACUGCAAGCAGCAAAAAACUUGCGAAGAAUAAAGCUGCUCGAGCCACGCUGGAAAUCCUCAUACCUGACUUUGUUAAACAGACCUCUGAGGAGAAGCCCAAAGACAGUGAAGAACUGGAGUAUUUUAACCACAUCAGUAUCGAGGACUCAAGAGUCUAUGAGCUGACCAGCAAGGCUGGGCUGUUGUCUCCAUAUCAGAUUCUCCACGAGUGCCUUAAAAGAAACCAUGGAAUGGGUGACACAUCUAUCAAGUUUGAAGUGGUUCCUGGGAAAAAUCAGAAGAGUGAAUAUGUCAUGGCAUGCGGCAAACACACAGUGCGCGGAUGGUGUAAGAAUAAAAGAGUUGGGAAACAAUUAGCCUCUCAGAAAAUCCUUCAGCUGCUGCACCCACAUGUCAAGAACUGGGGGUCUUUACUGCGCAUGUAUGGUCGUGAGAGCAGCAAAAUGGUCAAACAGGAAACCUCAGACAAGAGUGUAAUUGAACUACAGCAAUAUGCCAAGAAGAAUAGACCCAACCUCCACAUCUUGAGCAAGCUGCAGGAGGAGAUGAAGAGGCUGGCUGCAGAACGAGAGGAAACUCGGAAGAAGCCCAAAAUGUCAAUUGUGGCUUCUGCGCAGCCUGGUGGUGAGCCUCUGUGCACUGUGGAUGUGUGAGGUAGGCGACACUAGUGGGGCACAGGGGCUGCCAGCAGUGCUGCCUGGGAGACCACCAGCCACAACCGUUCACUGCAGCAUCGGGACUCCAACCUAAGUUCCUUCCCUGAGGUGCAGUGCAUCUGGGCUCAGGCCCUGGACUGUGGGGACAGUUGUGACAAUACACAUGUCAAGCAACAGUUCUCCCUGGAAGCUGCCUCAUCAGGCUGGAUACAUUUAAGGAUCAACUUCGAGUGACUGCACAAUUGGAAGCUGAUAGUCAGCUAUAGACCCUGCUCAUAUCUAUCUGCUGCAGACUGUUUUUAUGAAAGUUUUCAUGAAUUUUAGUACAUAAUAUGCACUGACAAGAAAUACUUGGAUGACAGAUGAGAUAAUAAGGCCAAAUCCUAUGGCUCUGGUGGACUGUGAUGCCAGGUGGCUCCUUUGCCCACACUCCUUGGGAGCCACUGUUGGGACAGAAGGUCUCUUAUCAUCUGCCUUCUGGUCCCCCCCCCCCCUUUUUUUUUUUUGAGAAAGUUAAAAUGAGGAGUAUUCAGAUAAUUUUGACUUAAAUAAAAUUUUAGCACCAGUAAAUACUCUUCACAUUUCAGGCAGAUCAUCAAGGUGUUUGUAUCCCUUGCUGUGAGCCACGUUAUCAGUGAGGAAGACAUCCAGCUAGUCUCCUGAAGUGUCAAGAUGGCUGCUGGGCUGCAGUCCACUUUUCUGAUAAAGUCUUAAUGCCCUAACAGCCGCCUUCCAGGACACUGAGGCCCUUGCCUUUGCUGAUCUCUGGCAAGUUUUUUUACAAAGAUUUUUGCACAAUUGAGUUCGCCUGUCCACUCAUCAAUUUUUAAAGCUUUUCUGAUAUUUUAGAAUUUGGAAAGAAACUUUUACAGUGAAAGAAGAUAGAUUUGAAAUCAUGCAUUUUAGCAAGUAUACUUGCUUAAAAAGGAACAAAUCCUUCACUGCAGUGUCAUUGGUUAGGAGCUAACUGAGCACUGGUUGGUGAAUGUUCGGCAUCCUAGUGAGUGGCCUCCCUAGGUUUCAAGGGUAGUUGCCCUGUACAGUCAGACCUAGUGCCCAGCUAGGUCCUCACUGGAUGUACCCUAUGGAUGGGUGUGAGUAAAGGUCUAUUCUUGCCUGAGUCUAGGGCACAUGAAUAUGUUCAGGCCCUGGUGAUAGUAGCCAGCUUUUGGCCCAAUUCCCAGCACCUGUUCUGGGGCUGUGCGCUCACAUAUGGGGCACCAUUAGCCUAGCAGUAGGCUCCAUCCCCAUGUUCCCUACUGUCUUGUCUCCCACUGUACCCUGCAGGUAGUUUUGAUGGCGUUGUCAAGAAGACAUAGAAUGUUGGCUGUGGACCACCCACAGCAUAUCCUUCCCUUACCCACCUGUGUGACAGAGGUUGGCUUCUGUGUUAACUUGGGGGGAAAAAAAUCAAGUUGCUGUAAUAACACUUGCUUCUGUCUUGCCUCCUGUCUGCAGCUGUGAAUAGUCAGUUGAUUGUGACUGUUGCCCUUAAAACAGCCAGAUUUACCAUUGAGAACCAAAGCUUUGUGCACACAUUACCCUAGAGGCUGUUGUUCCUCUGUGGCCACAAGGCAGGUGCUGCCAUGUCUCGUGUCCUCCCUGUCUGCCCCAUGUGGGUGAGUUCUGUGUGCACAGCCAUGCUGUGGUACUAGGGAGCCUGUGCUACUGCUGUUUGUGUGCACUGGGCUACAGCUGUAGGGUGAGCCUUGAUGGUCUGAACAUAUAAAUCAAAUUGUCCAAAAUG